AUGCGACAAGUUGUCGCACAGCCUGGACAAGGCCAACAGCAAGAAGUCGAAGUACCAAAAACCGGCCAUUUACUCCAAGAGAAGCUGCCUCGUGCGCUCAAACAAGUAGCGGGGCUUGCGGCCGAACUGGGCGUGGCGCUUGAUUCUCUAUCUACCCGUUCCGCUGAGUGUGAUCAAUUGCGUCGCAUCGCAUCGGAUCGUGACGUUACGUUGGACCAGAUGCGAGUUCAGCCCACGGACGUGGCUUCCGAACGUGAUCGCGCAAUACGAGAUCACACGACUCUUCUGGAUCGCAUGGCGUCGCUGGUGUCUGGGGAUACUUCAGCCACACCUACGAAGGUGGUAUUGUCUACCCACACGCCCGUUUUUGCGACUCCUCAGCCGAUGUCGAACGGUUCAGGGUUGAGUCGCAAGCGAUUUCGCGACCCCCACCCACCUUCAGCUUUGCCGCCUUUCAAGAAAGUGACUCGAUCCGCUGCGUCUGUAGAUAAGCCGCCCCCAGUUUGCAAUCCCAAGGUGGCACGAUCCGCUACUGCUACAGCCAUGCCGCUCUCAGCUUGUAAUCCAAAACCACCGUCCGCUCCCAAGGGAACCCGCGAUUAUAAGGGUUGUCGCGAUCUCAAGAAUCGCCAUGAUCCAGCGAAGCCUGCAGCUGCCCCGAAACUGGGCCAGAAGAGGCGCCGUGGUACAGGCUUAACCUCGUUUAGAGGGAAAGAUGCAUCGGCAGGUGAGGAUGAGACUUUAGCGGCUUUAUAUAGUUCGCGAUCCUCCAGUCGUCGUCGAGCGUCCAAUCUGGCGGCACAACCUUUGACUGGACCUUCUCCUGAUACGAUCGUCGUAGACACGCCGAGCCCUUCGCGCGACACUCCCCCUCCAGUUGAUCCUGUUAUUCCUACCGUGAACAGGGAUCUCGCGCAGACCUUUUCGGAGAAGCGUCCAGCGACUCAAAUGGUCCCAUCAGCCUUUCUGAUUCGCCUCGUGAUCUUGUCAAUCCGAUGUUAUCCCUGA